AUGACUACCAGUACUACCAAUACUACCGCAACCAAAUCACCGUCGGACCAAUCGCUUGACUCAAGUUCCGUAUGUAUGCGCCAUACGAUUGCCGUUACGGGUGUCAUAAGUUGUUCACUAACCGCUAUCGGCGUACUGUUCGGCGCCUAUCGUUGGUAUCAUUAUCUACCGCUAGUCACUGGUCUACUGGUACUCGGUAUAGCCAUACCCGCCGCCUACUAUCUGACCGUACGAUUGUUGUUGGCGUUUGCCGUAGCCGAUGGUCUGGAUUUUAUAUUCAAAGUUUUUACCGUCGGUUCGCUUAUCUAUUAUAAGAUCAAAAUAGCCGAAGACUGUUCACCGUAUGAUUUAUCCGUAUUGUUGUCAUCAGUAUUGGUGUCGUUCAGUGUUUGCAUUCACUCACAGAUCAAACACUAUCCGAACGUAACGCUCGACACGUGUGGUAUCGGACGGCAGUCACUGUUGACUACAAAAAACUGUUUCAAGUGGUCAUCAAAUGUGACUACAAGUGUACAAAACGGACGGUUAGCUCAACCGGGAGAGUGGCCAUGGAUUGUAUUUAUCUAUUCUACAUAUUAUUUUCUAGGAUUUAUCCCCACUGCAUGGGCUUAUUGUACUGGAGUUAUACUAAAUCACUAUUGGAUUAUAACAGCAGCACAUUGUAUACGUUCUGAUUUUACUAUAACUGUUCGGACAGUUCAGGAUAAGAGAGAUGAAAGCCAUACAUACGGUGUCGACAAAUGGUUUCAAUAUAAAGAUUAUCCAAAAGAUAAAAAUAUCAAUGAUAUCGGACUAUUGAAACUGAAUAGUCAUAUAGGGAUUCAAAGAUCAAUGAAUGGCAGGUAUUAUACGGUUAACAGUAUUUGUUUGCCCGACAGAGACAUUGUUAAUACCGAUAAAGAGUUGGCACUGUUUGCUGGUUUUGGUUAUAUUGAUGGGUCAGUCAGUAAUACGGGACCGUUGAGGACGGGUGUGUCGAUGAUUAUAAAGACAUUUAGUAACAUUAGUGAUGAUUGGGGCAAAAGAAUUAUGGGCGCCAGAUAUCCAGCUAAUAGAGGACCGGCAUUGUGUAAGGGCGAUUCUGGCGGACCAUUGAUUCAAUAUGUUUCGGGUGGUAGUAGUGUUGAUGGUAUGGGUGAUCGGGCCGUACAUAUAGGUGUAAGUUCAGCUUCCUACGGACCAUUACCGGUUGCCAAUUGUCAUAAUACCGAUCCAAAUGCUUAUAUGGUUUUUAUACGUGUAUCCAAAUAUAUCGAUUGGAUUAUUGAAACUGUUUUAACAAAUUAA